GCCAUUGCCAUCCCUACCACUGCUGAAGCACGAAUUUCGAGGAGCUCCUCCCCCACCGUCCCGCCCGCCUGGGGAGAAGCGCGCGCUGGUUACCCCCAAGCCUGACCACCUCGCCUCGGCACCCAAACCCAAAUCAAAACCUCCGCCGCGCCGAGCCGAGACGCGCGACGAAUCUUCCGGCGCACACCUGCGCCGCAUCUCCUCCCCUCCCCUCCCUCGCAUCCAGUCGGUGGUGGCGCCAAGCCCCGGCGCCACGUUUCGAUAGGGGCGGAGGAAGCAAGAACCGCCCGCCCCUUAGAGCAAUAGAACCCUAGCCCGCUCCUCCCCCCACCAUCCCUAAUCGCGCCAAGAAUCUGAGAAUCUCGAGACUUGCCGUCUUCCGGGGCCGGAAAGAUCCGGCCUUUCCUGGGUAGGAGAUGUCGUCGGACAUCAGGAAAUGGUUCAUGAAGUCGCAGGACAAGAAUGCCGCCUCCGCUGCCGCGGCCAAGCCUUCUGGGGCUGCGGAGAUGAAGAAGCCGGUGCUUAGCAUUCCGGAGAAGAAGCCGGCGCCUCUUUUGGUGCCCUGUGAUCAUGAUCCUUCUGCUAGAAGGAGGCCAAGCAAGUACUUUGCGUCCAAAACAGAAAAAGACUCAGAUGUUGAAAUGGCAGAUGCCGUCAUGGGAAAAAGUACUGAGAAGAGUACGGCCAAAAGAAAAAUUCAGAAAUGCAGCAACGAACUCAAGGAUGACAGCAAGCCUUUGCCAACAAAGAAAAUCUCUAAGGAUGAAAAAGAUGACGAUGAUGACUUUGUGGUACCUUCAAAAAAGAAAACUCCAGUGAAGCCACCGCCAUCGAAGAAGCCUAAGGUUGAAUCUAAUGUUGAAGCCCCUGGAAAGACUAUGGGCAUUGAUGAUGAGGAGGACAGGAUGGAUGAAGAUGCCAAGACCCCUUCCAAAGCAGCUGGAAGGGGAAGGGGAGGAAGAGGAGCAGGAGCAGCCCCUGGGGGCAGAGGGAGAGGAGGGGGUGGGAGAGGUUUCAUGAAUUUUGGUGAGAGGAAGGAUCCUCCUCACAAAGGAGAAAAGGAGGUCCCAGAGGGUGCCCCAGACUGUUUAUCUGGUUUGACGUUUGUCAUAAGUGGUACUCUUGACAGUCUUGAACGUGAGGAAGCAACUGAUCUAAUCAAGCGUUAUGGAGGCCGUGUGACUGGCUCUAUUAGUAAAAAGACAAGUUACUUGUUGGCUGAUGAAGACAUUGGUGGAGUGAAAUCUAACAAAGCAAAAGACCUGGGUGUCCCAUUCUUGAAUGAAGAUGGUUUAUUUGAUAUGAUCCGGAAAUCGAAGCCUGCGAAGGCUUCUGUAGACAAACAUCAAAGCAACAACAAUUCUGAAAAGCUACAAAAAUCACAGACAAAGAGCUCGCCAGUUAAAGUUGAAAAACGAGUUGAAGCAAGUGCUGUGGACAAAAGUAUGACUUCAAAGAGUAAUGUUGCAAGUGCCUCCACUGACAACCAAAAGGCCAAGAAUGUUGACCGUGGUUCCAUGCAAUGGACAGAAAAGUAUCGGCCAAAAGUUCCAAAUGACAUAGUUGGCAACCAAUCAAUGGUCAAACAACUUCAUGAUUGGUUGAAAAGUUGGGACGCACAGUUCCUUCAUUCUGGCCAAAAGGGUAAGGGAAAGAAGCAGGCUGAUAGUGGAGCUAAAAAGGCUGUGUUGUUGAGUGGACCUCCAGGUAUUGGUAAGACUACAACCGCAAAAGUUGUCAGUCAGAUGCUUGGAUUGCAGGCCAUUGAGGUUAAUGCAAGCGAUAGUCGUGGUAAAGCAGACUCCAAAAUCGAGAAGGGUGUUGGGGGGAGUACAUCAAAUUCUAUCAAAGAGCUUAUCAGCAACGCGACUCUGAAUUAUAGUGACAAUCGAUCAAAACAUCCUAAAGCUGUACUAAUCAUGGAUGAAGUUGAUGGUAUGUCUGCUGGAGAUAGAGGUGGCGUUGCUGAUCUUAUUGCUAGCAUCAAGAUAUCCAAGAUUCCUAUAAUCUGCAUUUGUAAUGACCGUUAUAGCCAAAAAUUGAAGAGCCUUGUGAAUUACUGUCUGCUGCUCAACUUCAGAAAACCAACAAAACAACAGAUGGGUAAGAGAUUGAUGGAAAUUGCCAAAAAGGAAUGUAUUCAAGCUCAAGAGAAUGCAAUGGAAGAGCUUGCAGAAAGAGUGCAUGGGGAUAUUCGCAUGGCACUAAACCAUUUGCAGUAUAUGAGCCUCUCCCAGUCUGUGGUCAAAUAUGAUGACAUAAAAGAGAGACUUAAUAGCAGUGCAAAAGAUGAAGAUAUUUCUCCUUUUACAGCUGUUGACAAGCUGUUUGGUUUCAAUGGUGGGAGAUUACGGAUGGAUGAGAGAAUUGAUUUUGGCAUGAGUGAUCCUGAUUUAGUUCCCCUGAUUAUCCAGGAAAAUUAUAUCAAUUAUCGACCUAACACCAUUGGGAAGGAUGAAAGUGGAGUUAAAAGAAUGAAUGCUCUUGCCUGUGCCGCUGAGUCUAUAGCAGAUGGUGAUAUUGUUAAUGUACAAAUAAGAAGAUAUCGACAGUGGCAGUUGUCCCAAGCUGCUUGUUUUGCUUCAUCUAUAGUACCUGCUGCUUUGAUGCAUGGGAACAGAGAAAUCCUUGAAGCAGGUGAGCGGAACUUUAAUAGGUUUGGUGGAUGGUUGGGAAAGUACUCAACCACGAACAAAAACAUAAGGCUACUGGAAGAUGUCCAUAGUCAUAUUCUUGCCUCCCGGCAAGCAAACUUGGACAGGGAGACAUUGAGGCUGGAUUAUCUAACUCUUCUCUUGAGACAGCUGACUGACCCGCUGAAGACAAUGCCGAAGGAUGAAGCUGUUCAAAAAGUGGUGGAGUUUAUGGAUACCUACUCGUUAAGCCAGGAAGACUUUGACACGAUUGUUGAAGUAUCCAAAUUUAAGGGUCAUCCAAAUCCUAUGGAUGGUAUUCAACCUGCUGUUAAAAGCGCCUUGACAAAGGCAUACAAACAAGGAAGUAGUUCUCGUGUUGUUCGAGCAGCAGAUCUAAUAAAUAUUCCAGGAAUGAAAAAACCUUUGAAGAAACGAGUACAAGCAAUCUUGGAGCCAGUUGAAGGUAGUCUGCCUGAAGAAAAUGGAGUAGUAUCAGCUGAAGCUGAUGAAGAAGAUUCUUCGGAUGCUGAAAAUAAUGAUGAACUUGUGCCUGGUGACUCGAAGCCGAAACUGGACCUGCAGAGUGAUAAGAAGAAAGGAAUUCUAGUCCAGCUCGAUCUGAAGAGCAAUGGAAAAAGCUCCAGUGCAAAGAAGCCCCCUGCUGGCAGAUCAAGAUCGUCUGGAUCCGGUGGGAAGGCUGCGGGAGGUUCAGGUGGGAAGAGGAGGCGGUAACUGACAUCCGCCGGCACUUAGCCGGCGACUAGUUUGGAUAAAUCCCUUGGUAAUAUGGAGCAGUGUGAGGGUCGAAGUUUUGAUUGUACUGUGUACAUAUGCCCAUCCAACGUCCUCUGUAGCCGCUAGGCCAACUGUACCUGCCCCCUUGUUUGCUCCAGGGCCGUCCAAGUUUUGUUACCGAAAUUUGUCAGAACCAAAUGUGGUCUCUGAUGGUUUCUGUCGAGAAUUUGUUACCACCAAGAUUACGAGCUAUCGGCUUUUUGUCGGUAUAUCCCUGUUUC